GUAUAUAAAGCAGGACAACGACGGACGGAGGACGGCUGGGGAAGUCGCAGCCCGGGAUUGUAAAUAAGACCGCAAAAACUGUGUUUUAUUUACAAAAGUAAUGCCGGCUGUUUUAAGAUACCGUUCCCAGUUGUUUUAAGUCGUUUUUCGUAAUUUUUGGCUCUAUUCUCGCCUAUUUCCGUGUGGUUUUUACACUACGCGUAUAAUGGCGAGCUCGGCUAACUCGAACCCAGUGGUAAGGAUCAAUCUCUAAGGAUUGUCAGCGGGGAAGAAUGGGGGUAAAGAUAAUGGAAAGCUGUCGACGAGCUGCUAAUUAUUGAUUUCAGUGAAAUUAAUUUGCUGUAACAUCCACUUCACUUUUAUAUCUAAUAAAAUGAAGGCUUAAUUCAGUCAUUCGGCCAUUUUAAUCAUUUUUGGAAACUAGACUGUUCUCUGAGAUAAAGCCAUCUGGUAGGAGCAAUGGCUAACGUAAGAGGAGCUGUACAUAAACCUAAGCUGUAUAAGUCUGUGAUCGAGGAUGUGAUCAACGAGGUGCGAGAGCUGUUCCUGGAUGAGGGAGUGGAUGAGCAAGUGCUGCUGGAGCUGAAGACGCUAUGGGAAAACAAACUGAUGCAGUCCAAGGCAGUGGAGGGCUUCCACACGGAGGAGCAGGCAGCCCUGCAGGCCGCAGCGCAGCAGCAACAACAACAACAACAUCAACAGCAGCAACAGCAUCAUCAGGUGCAGCAUCAGGUGCAGCAUCAGGUGCAACAUCAGGUGCAGCAUCAGGUGCAGGUCCAACAGGUGCAGCAGGUGCAGCAGCAAGCCCAGGCCCAGCAGGUCAUCCAGCAGCAGCAAGCUCCCCAGCAGCAAGUCAUUGUCCAGGAUCCCAAGAUCCUACAGCACAUGAAUGCAACGGGCAUGAGUGCAGCAGCGACCGCAGCAACCCUCGCCCUGCCCACAGGGGUCACCCCGUACCAACAGCUCAUCACCAGCCAAGGUCAAAUCCUGCAGGUGGUCCGGGCUGCCAACGGGGCUCAGUACAUCAUCCAGCAGCCGCAGCAGCAGAUCCUCUUGCAGCAGCAGAUGCAGCCCGGGGGGGUGCAGGCACCGGUCAUACAGCAGGUAUGCCCCAUUAGACAGGUCCUGGCUCCUCUGCAGGGAGGCAUCCCCCAGCAAACAGGAGUCAUCAUCCAGCCGCAGCAGAUCGUCUUAGCUUCAGGAAACAAAGUCCAAGGCAACACACAGGUGAUGCAGUCGGCGCAGAUGGCCCAGCAGCCGGCUCAGGCCGCUCAGGUGCAGCUGCAGCAGGCCCAGGGCGCAGCUGCACCACAGGCCCAGCAGCAGCCUCAGGCCCAGCAGCAGCCUCAGGCCCAGCAGCCUCCCAUAAUGCUGCAGGUGGACGGCGCCGGAGACACCUCCUCAGAAGAGGACGAGGAUGAGGAGGAGUACGAUGAAGACGAGGAAGAGGAGAAGGACAAGGAGGGGGGAGAGGACGGCCAGGUGGAAGAGGAGCCGCUGAACAGUAGUGAUGAUGUCAGCGAUGAGGAGGACCAGGAGCUGUUUGAUACAGAGAAUGUAGUGGUGUGCCAGUAUGACAAGAUUCACAGAAGUAAGAACAAAUGGAAAUUCCAUCUGAAGGACGGGAUCAUGAAUCUGAACGGGAGAGACUAUGUCUUCUCCAAAGCCAUUGGGGACGCCGAAUGGUGAAGUAAAAGACGAAGAAUAAAAGAGAGAAAGACAAAGCAACAGGAGCAGAAACUCUGUACCUCCUUCUCUGCAGUUAACAGAUACUUCAAUAUCCUUCCACAUCCUGGGACUGGAUUGGUUUCAGGAAACUUCUUCGGAGUCUUUGAGAACUCUGACAAACCAAAAGGAUUGUGAGGUACUGUAAAAAAAAACGGGGGUGUCUUGAAACACACCCGACUGGCCUUUUGCGGAAAGAGAAAGCGACAGUGGAAGGUUACGCACACGGCGUUCUUUAUCUUUUUGGCUUCUUCUACAUUUUUUGGAGAGUAAGCAUUUCACAUCGUACAGGUGUAGUGGACCAGGGUGACCUGCCCCCGCCACAGGAGGGCCAUUCAAUAUAACCCCUGUAGAUGAGAAACACCUGGAUGCCGCACUGAAGGAUUCAGUCCUACCUUAGUGCCACCGGUCAAGAUGCUUCCUUUCACUUAUGGCCAAAAAUGUUGUUCUUGUUCCCUAAAAUCAUGAAAACUGAGUGUUUUAAUGUAGGCAACGACCUGUUAUUGUUUUAAACUUUUUUUUAAAAACGUGUUCCAUGAAGGGUUAAGGCCAAGGAAUUACAUUAAUAAAAAAAUUCAAUAAUUUUAAGACAUUAUUUUAAUCUGAGCACUCAAUUCCCCCCCACCCAAACGUUUUUUUCUCAUCUGCUUCUCUGGAGCGUCAUUCCAUCUUUAUCCAAAAAACUUCACACAGAAAAAGGAACAGAUCCAACACUGAAUUCAUUUAAGAAUUGUACAAAUAGCGUUUGUCCUGUUGGUGUAUCUUCUUUGCUCUUAUUUUUAGAUCCCUGCAGCCGUCUGAAAGUGUGCACUGUCAGUUUAUCAAUGUGUUGUCAAACCAGUUAGUUGAGUUAAUCAAUAGCCACAGCGUGCUCUCUUUGUGCGGGUCUGUGAAAGAAAGUGAGCGUGUUUAUGUUGAUUGAUGUGUAUGUUCUCACUGCUUUUUCUCACACACCCAUCAUCUCAAAAUGUCUCUGUUGGAUCAGUUAAAUUGAUUUUAAUUUAACUUCUUUCGGUGGGUACAUGCAUCCUUUCCUAAUCACUUUUUUUAUUUAUUCCUGAAAGUUCAUGACAUGUUUUUUUGUUUUUUAAAGCUUGGCAAGCCGCACCAAACUGUGCUCUUAUAAUCUAAUAAGUGUUCCUUUUCUUUCUCGCUGUUGGAUGGACAAAGCUUGAUAAACGCUAUGAUCCAAAUCAUUUCGUCCGACACAUGUUCUCCUGUGCUUUCAUUUUAUUCAUGACUUUUAAAUGAGAAUAUUUUCUAUCGAAGUGAGUUUAACUCGGGGGGCCUGUGUGUUUCUCUGCAGUUUGUUUUUAGUGCCCCUGUUGCAGCAAUUUGAAAUAAAGUACGUGUUUUUUGAA